AUGGCUCUGAUACACGCAAGCAUGGAAUACAAAAACGAAGGUCACAGUGGUGUGAACCAACUGGGAGGUAUAUUCGUUGGCGGUAGACCUCUGCCCGACUCCACACGCCAACGCAUCGUGGAGCUUGCCCACGCCGGUGCCCGACCAUGUGAUAUUUCGCGAAUCCUGCAGGUCUCCAAUGGGUGCGUUAGCAAAAUCCUCGGCAGGUACUACGAAACUGGUAGUAUCCGGCCGAGGGCGAUCGGCGGUUCGAAACCGCGCGUUGCCACGCCGGAGGUGGUGAACAAGAUUUCACAGUUCAAAAACAACUGCCCAAACAUCUUCGCCUGGGAAAUUCGUGAUAAGCUGCUGAAUGAGCGCAUCUGCACACCGGAGAACAUACCGAGCGUUUCCUCCAUCAACCGAGUGCUACGCAAUCUGGCGGCCCAGAAGGAGUUCAGCAAAAAGCCGCACGCGCAAGACACGCUCAGCGACGAUGUGGUCGGCAGCUACCUGCCGGGCAAGUCGCUCAACGAGUCCUCGUUCAUCCACUACAAGUACGGCGAGGGAUGCCGGGCGUCGAUGCAGCAGGGUGCCGAGUCGGUGCUGCGAAUCAAUGACAACUACCGGGCGGCGAAUACGUCUGCGGUUGCGUCCGAGCCGGACGUGAAACCACUGGGGACGGACGAGCCGGCGGUGAAGCAUCAGUUUGGCGGGAAGCAGCACUGCUUUGCCAGCCUUGAUCCGGCCACUUCCGGUCCGAAGCAGCCGCCCGGCUUCGUCGACAGCGACACGGAGCGGCUCAGUUUGAAGCGCAAGUUGCAGCGCAACCGGACCUCGUUCACUGUUGACCAGAUUGAAUUUCUCGAAAAGGAGUUCGAGCGCACCCAUUACCCGGACGUGUUUUCACGCGAGCGACUGUCUUCCAAAACGAAUUUACCGGAGGCUAGAAUUCAGGUCUGGUUCUCGAAUCGUCGUGCCAAAUGGAGAAGGGAGGAGAAGCAGCGCUCGCAGGCAGUGUCCGAGGGCUCGUCGUCGGCAGCAACGGCAGCGGCGGCCGCGGCAGCCGCCGCAGCAGCAGCAGCCGCCGCCGCCGCUGUCCAGAACGCAUCCAUAUCGUCCUGCUCGCUGAACCUGUCCACCGGUCCGCUGGUGACGCACGUCUACGACUCGAACAUGUGCGUGGAAGACUCGAACUCGAACUACCUGAGCAAAACGUACCCGCUGGAGCCUUCGUUCCAGAACCUGGACGCGCUCAAGUCACCGCCCGGCACCGGUAGCCAUCCGUCCGCCCCGCAGGCGCAGCUCUCGCCGGCCUCCAUGUCCUUCAAGAUGUCCUUCCCGAACGCCGGCCAGUCGAGCGCGGGUGGUGGCGGACCGAACGGUGGCAGCGCUGGCGGCGGUGGCGGUGGCGGUAGCGGUGGCGGUAGCGUACCGGACGCGUCCUCCGCCAGCCUGAUGGGCGGUGUGGCGCUUGGCAACAACUCCAGCUUCUCCCACGUAUCUACCUCAGACGACAAGUCGCUGUACAAUCACUUCGCCUACUCGGCCGCCGCCAACAUGCACCACAGCUACUCAGCGGCCGCGGCGGCCGCCGUCGACCAGUCCUACAACGGGAUGUACCUGAAGAACCAGCUCUACAACAUCCCGACCAACGCCGGCGUCCUCAGCUUCCAGUCGACGCUCGAGUGGAACAAAAGUUAAUGGCACGGGGCCGCAUUCGAGUCGGCUCCAUCAUUCGUCUCCAGCGGGGAGAAAUAUUAAAAAUGCACCUUAAUGCGCACCGUGACACGAGAGCGAGAGAACGUAUGUAUGUGCGCGUCCGUGUGUGUUUAUGUGCGUGGCCAGGACGAUAGAUUUCACGACUGGGUGGUCAUGCGUUGUAGCUUGGACCUUCGUUCACAGAACCAAUGGAUCACAGCUUCAUGCAUACCAACUACUCGCACACAUACACACACUUCCACACACACAUACGAACCUCCUCACGAGAUGAUUGAUUAGUGACAAAAAUUUAAAAACAAGUUGAAGGAUUCCGCCCUGAUGCGCCCCGAAUAUAUAUAAAAUAAUAUAUACAGUCGACACUUACAAAACAUUCGCAUUGAAAAGUACGAGCGAAAAGUACGGAACCGAUACCUGGUAGCGGUAGUUUUAACACGGACGGAACGGCGGAAGUGAACAGAUAUCAUUCGCAGGUAGAAUUUCGUUCAAACACACAUACAGACCGACAGACGCUAGAGAGGGUGAUUAAAACGUGAUCAGUAAGCAUUGCUAACAGUAACAAAAAAAAAAAAACAAAACAAACAAACAAACAAACAAAAAUAUGAUGGUUGUUCUCAUGUUUGAAGUAUUUGAGUAUUAAGUAUUUUUAUACGCAUAAAGAAAUGAAACACGCAAACUGCUGUGGCGCAUUUACGCCACGGGCGGCAAAACACUAGAGAUGAAAAGUAAAACAAAUAAGCAAAAAACAAGAAGAUACAAACCGACACAUCAAACAAGUAGGAUGUGUGCAAGGUUAGUAGGUUAAUAUUAGGUGGAUCCUAUAAACCCAUUAAAUAAAUUUGCGUAAACGAAAAACGAAAAUAGUGUGGAGCGAAGCGAGUGGAAUGUUUAAACAAAA